UUGUGUUGAAAUCCAAUGCACUUAGUUCAACUGUAAAUAUGAAAUUAAUAUUUGUACUCUUAUUUGUACUGACACUUGGCAUAUUGUGUUGGAUGAAUACUUUAUGGAGCGAUAUAAGUACUGUGACCAACGUAGAACUACUUGAUGACGAUUAUGAAGAAAGUGCUUCAUUUUCCAAUGGGUCACGAUGUAGCGACUGCAAAAUAAUUGUGGAACAAGCAUCUAAGGUGUUAAAGUCGGGCCUAAAUAAUAGUCAAAUUACAGCAAUAGGCAACCUUGCAUGUAAUCUUGCUCCACCACUUGCGAAACGCAUCUGUAAAGGAAAAAUUCGUGACGUAUAUAACUAUAUUUAUAGUAGUAUAGUAAGCAAGGGAGACUCACCAGCGACCACAUGUAAACGAGCAGGUUUUUGUUAAGAAAAUAAAAAUACUUUAAUCUA